GGGAGCGGCGGGGCAGUGCCGGCGCGGCGAUCCCGGCGUCCCGGCGCUCCGGCGGCGGCUCCCGGGGAAUUCCCGCGGGGAGCGGCGCUGGCGGCGGGGCCGGGCGGGCUCCCGGGCGGGCCGUGCCGCGGAGCCGCCUCCGCGGGCGGCCUGACAUGAGCUCAUCGGCGGCGGCAUGGCCUGCGCCCGGAGGGACGGGGAGGCGGACGGCGAGCCCGACCGCUCCCUGCGGCACAUGCUGCGGGCGAUAGCGGAGGAGCGGAGCCGCGCCGGGCUCCGCCACGACAUCAGCGGCCUCGGAUGUUUCAAAGAUGACCGAAUUGUGUUCUGGACGUGGAUGUUCUCCACGUAUUUCAUGGAGAAAUGGGCCCCCCGGCAGGACGACAUGCUCUUCUACGUCCGCAGGAAGCUGUCCUACGCUGGCGGGGAGAGCACGGACGGCAAAAAGCAGGUUGAAGUGGAAGUUUACCGGAGAGAUUCUAAGAAGCUUCCUGGCCUGGGAGACCCUGACAUUGACUGGGAAGAGAGUGUCUACUUGAACCUCAUCCUGCAGAAGCUGGACUAUGUGGUGACCUGUGCUGUGUGCACACGCUCCGAUGGAGGAGAUAUUCAUAUCCACAAGAAGAAAUCUCAGCAAGUGUUUGCAUCUCCGAGCAAACACCCGAUGGACAGUAAAGGAGAGGAGUCAAAGAUCAGCUACCCCAACAUAUUCUUCAUGAUUGACAGCUUUGAAGAGGUUUUCAGUGACAUGACCGUGGGAGAAGGAGAGAUGGUCUGUGUGGAGCUGGUGGCCAGUGACAAAAGCAACACCUUCCAAGGGGUGAUUUUCCAGGGGUCCAUCCGCUAUGAAGCACUCAAGAAGGUCUAUGACAACAGGGUGAGUGUUGCAGCGAAGAUGGCCCAGAGAAUGUCCUUUGGCUUCUAUAAAUACAACAACAUGGAGUUUGUGCGGAUGAAGGGGCCGCAGGGGAAGGGGCACGCGGAGAUGGCCGUGAGCAGAGUCUCCACGGGGGACACUUCCCCCUAUGGGACAGAAGAGGAUUCAAAUCCAGACUCCCCAGUGCAUGAGAGGGUCACCUCUUUCAGCACCCCCCCGACUCCAGAACGCAACAACCGCCCGUCCUUCUUCUCGCCGUCCCUCAAGAGGAAAGUGCCCCGGAACAGAAUUGCCGAGAUGAAAAAGUCCCACUCGGCAAACGACAGCGAGGAAUUCUUCAGAGACGAUGAUGGUGGAGAUCUGCACAACGCGACCAACCUGCGGUCGCGGUCCCUGUCGGGGACAGGGCGUUCGCUGGUGGGCUCCUGGCUGAAGCUGAACAGGACAGAUGAAAACUUUCUACUCUAUGCACACUUAACUUACAUCACUUUGCCAUUGCAUCGAAUUUUAACAGAUAUCCUGGAAGUGCGGCAGAAGCCGAUCCUGAUGACAUAGCGGAGGGGCCGUGCCUGGAGCCGAGUUGCCAAGUGCCUACGCACAGCGGGUUCCCGUGCUAGCACUACCACCUAGUGUCGGAACGAAACCUCCGCGGGAAAAAGGGAAGUCCAGGAAUACCAGCCGAUCAAAAGUGCCUCUUUCUUCCUUCCUCUGCUGUCACACACCGAAUGCCCACGUCGCUGGAGCGUUUCUGACUGGGAGAGGACUCUCAGCAAGAUAAAACGAGAAGGGGCUGCGUUUAAACCGAGUCAACACUUUAUGGACAGUUUGCUACCGUGUUUACUUUAUAACUGAGAAAACCAACCAUAUGUACAGAAUGUGCUAAACUUUAUACUCUUUGAGAGAAACAUUCUGGGAAUUUCCUACUGACUUGCUAAUGGACACAGUUCCACAGACUCUGGCCAUGCGCUCUCCUCGUGGGAAUGGCUUCGUGCGUGUGCGUGGGGGGGGUGAAGGGAUGAGAGAGUCACGUCCUGCUGAGGGAAAAAGAGCCUACAAAGAUACAUUGCCAUUUUGGUACACGCAGCAGGUCAAGUCAGGGCUUAAAAGAGGCUGAAAAUGUUCCUAUUUUCAUGUGUCAGUGUUAGGACAGGUGAACUCUGCCGGCAGAUUUCCGUAUCUACCAAAGAACAGCAACAUUUUCAUCCUCAAGAGCUGGCUAAGAAAAUAAGCCAGGGAAAAGAAGGCUAAAAUGUGCUGCUAUAGUAAAGCCGAGGUUCAUCUCCAGUACUAAUGCUGCUUAUCUCUCUCUCAGCUGAGUCAAUGCCAGUUUGAGUCUAAAGUGGAAAAACAGGGGGCCAUGAUCGGACUCCAGGGCCUAAAACCUUACCAGUAACCAACAUCCUCCUGCAUGCACUGGACUUGAGAGUAUGUAGAGGCGUCCUUGUGGUGCCAUUUGCAGCCAAGGAGGGCAUGAGAGCUGAUUAAUGGUCGGGCAGUUUGCCCGGAUCCUCCAUCUCCUGGUUGUUGCAUACUGAAGCACAGAGAGUUUUCUGUAAAUACAAAAGAUGGAAAUGUAGUUCUGUUCUGAAAAGUGACUAAAAAUUGCAUAAUGGGAGGUCUCAAAGUGGUGUGUCAGGAGCUCUCAGGAAAACAGCCUUAUGUUUACACAUGAAGUGCAGCUCUCUCUAAACAGCAAAACCCUGCUGCCCUGGAUGUAAAAACAAAAUGAUUAAAUACUGAGACUACUGUGCUCUGGCUCACUCUUUUGGUUUGGGAGCCAGUCCAUACUUGAGUUUAUUUAGGACUGCACAGCUGGCAUAGCAGAAGGAGGACUGACGUGUCUUGGGGCACGUCAGACUCCCCACACGCACAGAGGGAGAGCAAAGAUGCCAUUUUUGUCACUUUUCAGACUCUGAGCACCCAAACCUGAUGCUGUUGCUGCAGUUACCAAAUGGCACUUGCUCUGAGCCUGGACCUGUGUCUCCCUCACACCUGGCCUUGCCCAAGUGCUUUGCUGUUGUUCUCUCAGUAGCAUCCAAUGACUUGACCUCUCAAACAGGACUUUCUGCUUUUUUUCCCUCAGGCUAGAUGCCAUGGAAAUAGCUCCACUUCAGCAUAAAGGCAGACUAAAUUUACCAUUCAGCCCACCAUGGUGACUCCAGCAUGGUAAGGAGGUCUGUCUGUGUUUGAGGCCAGGCCUGGGAGUGGCAGCAGUUCUUACACCGGCAGCAUGAGUGUAUGACAGGGACAGCUGACCAGUUCUAGUUGGCUUCAAAUGUGUUGCAGCAGCAUUAGGAAAUGUUCACUUUGUUAUUGCCAGCACAGCCACUUUUCACUGCAGCCUGGGCCGGUGCCUGUGGACCACGUGGUUGUGUGAGUGUGCACGUGAGGGUGUUCCCACCAACCUGACUGCCCCAGGCUUUGUCCCUCAGCCAGGGCAGAGGUGGAGUCCUCACUCAGCAGCUGAAGGGCCCUCAAGGACCUUGCCUGGUGCUUACCUGAGAUCCCCAGGUAGUCAGUGCCUGAUGUCAGUUUGGACAAAUGUUCUCCCUUGGCCCAGGCUGGGAAUUAAAGCACUCCUCAACUAGAAAACAAGCCUCUCAAUGUGCUCCUCAUUCUGCACUUUCAUACUGCUGGACUGGGCAAACCAGUGCUUGGUUUUCCUUCAGAUAUUCCCUGGGGAGGGAAGGGAGAGACAGUUCAUGUUUGUUCUCCUAAUGACAACUGCUACCUUUCAGUCAGCCAGCCAGAGGAAUAACACAUGAGAAAAGGAAAUGUAUCCAGGCAGGAACUCCAGUGGUAGGUGCCUGAACACUUCUCAGUCGACAGGAGUUUGUAAUGCUCUCUUGGUGUUGUGUAUUGUGUUUAGGUAGCUGCGUUUUGUGUGAUUUGAAAGACUGAGUGAAUCUUGCUGUGUAAGAUCUCAGAGCAGAUGAGGAGUGAUUCAGCAAAUCUCAGAGUGAUUCUGAGCCAGUGCAUUAGUGUAAGGGCAGAGUUACUGAAGGUGCAGCUCAGAUCCCACACCUGUCAGGCGGGAGGUAUCGUCUGCUUUGUUACAUGUGCGUGGGUGCAUUUUGGUGUCUAGUGUUUGAAGGGCUGCAAUGUCCUAAAAAAAUGAGUUUAUUUCUUGUAUCUUGCUAGUGGGAUAUGCUAUAGGUACGUGGAAGACUCACCUUUUCUAGUGGAAAAGGACUACAGGUACGGCCCUCAUGGCCAUCCAUGGAAAAUAGAGGUCAAAAAGUCUACUGAAUGUCAAUAGUGCUUUUCAGAAACAAAGAUGUGCCAGAUUCUCAGCUAUUCCUUCUCUAAACAACUGACUUGGACUUCUUAUGUAUAGCCCAUGGUUCCCACUUUCUGUUAUCAAAUUCCACGUUUUGUUCUGCUUUUAAACAACCCUGAAAGUUAUAAUUUAUUGUCCUUGUGUGGACAGACUGACAGGGAAGUUCAUCAAAAUUUUGCUUGGGUCAGGAUGGCACAGCUGGCCCCUUAGCAUGCUAUUGCACUACACCAGAAAAGAAAAGGGAAUGUUAAUAGGAACCUCUCACCCCAUUAAUUUGGAGGGUGGUAUUUAAUUCUGUGGCUCCAAAGCAGUAAAAACAUUUUAAGCCUCUGUUGGCCAUUUAAAUAACUGCUGGGGAUGGAGCUGGUGUGUCCUGUAGGCUGUGAAGGCUCUUUGGCUCUGAACUGUUGGAGCACAGUGGGUUCCGCUGGUUAUGGUGGUGUUUGAGGAUACAGCAUGCUUAACACACUUGGGAAGCUUUGCAGAACAGCUUUAUUUAUUUACAGAAUCCCACCACACCUCCUUGCUCAGUUAACUCCUCCCAUCCUUCCACCCAUUCACUCCCUCUGGAGAUGGAGGCUUGAGCCUUUCAUGGAUGUUGUGUAUUGUUAGGUGUCAAAUGCAAGGAUGUGAAUCUUCUCACCCUUAGCAGGCUUUUCACUGCUGUUAAUUUAACAAGUACAAAACCUUUUUUUCUUUUUCUUUUUUUCUUUUAGAAAUCUCUUAAAUCUAUUUUGUAUUAGCAGAUUAUUGCUCUGCCUUAGAGACACCACGUGUGUGAAGUUGUGUUCUCAGAUUGCCAGCCAGCACAGGGUGGAUUCCAAGUCUCCUCCUAAAAGAAGCUGUUUUUAGAAGCACCACAAGUCUUUCACCUGUCUGGGCUAACCUGGUUCGUGUGGUCCCUGCUCCUUCUCCUUCCCUUUUCCUGGUCUUCAUUGUUUACAAGGCCUGGGUGUGUUGGGCUCUGGGUCGCUGUCACUCAGUUUUCCAUUUCUGGGCAUGGUGUGCUCUCCAGAAAAGAGAUUUGUUUGCACAGGUGGCUUUUCACAGUGAAGUGGUUUUCCCAAAGUAUGUUCUUACACAGGUUUUAAUUUAGACAGUGAAGUCCUUGACUCUGCAGGGAAAUUUCUUCCAGCAGACCCUCAUGUGCAGAAUCCCAUGUGGUCACUGAAGUUCUGUGUGGAUGUGGAGUCCAGAGAAAUAGUCUGUGCUCUUAGACUAUUGACCUGCUUUUUGCCAAUCCUUAAUUAUUCCAUUUCCAGAUGAUUGCUUGUCCUGUAUUUUCUAGUCUGAAACUUCCCCAUAUUAAAGACAGAUGUAAGACAAAACCUUCAGAAGUGCCUAAGCCCUGUUGUUACCCAGUGGGGUUUAAGAACAAGUUUUUAUUUAGGAACAUUAAUGUAUUAAAUUCUGUCUGUGUUGUGUGUAGCAGUGUCGAGGAAUGACAAGUUUAAGGUUCUUGGAAGAACCAUCCGUCUCUUAGGGACUCGCCCUCUGUGUUUGAAAGGCUCUUAUGGUUUCCAAAGGUCAACAGCUGAAAGCUCUGGAAAAUGGAUCUGCUGUGGUCCCAGCAGUCAGAGGUCUGUGAAUGCCUUACCGUGUCCUGUGGGGUGUGCCUGGCAGUGUGUGGUGCUGGUGUGUAGGAAUUCUAUGUCACAAGUAGGUGCGGUAGAAUCCAGUUAAAGGUGUUGUGGAAUAAGUAGCUUUUACACCAAACCUUAAGGAAGGAGUAUUUUACACCAGAAUGUAGCUGUUGGGAUACCUGGUCGGGGUAACACAAGUCUGUGAGCGGGUUGCAAUGUUGAACGUUCUCUGUGUAAAUAUAUAAAUAUUCUCAGCCUCAUUUUCUCAACCUAACACACGUUGCAUGGUUUGGGUUUUAUUUGCGCCAUCGGUUCAUCAGUGUUGCUUUAAAGUGAUGGGUUGGCAAUCAUGCUGGCAUUGUACUGAGCCCUGUGAACAAAGAGCAAGGAGAACGUUGUGCACCAAAAACAGAGGUGACUUUGCAUAUGGCAGCAGUGAAGAAAGUGUUGGACCCUGCAGCCAAUAAACAGACCUCUUAAACGAC